AUGGAAACACAGAACAAGCUGAAUAACUCUCCCACAGAAGAACAAGAGCUCAAGAAAUCAGAAGAGUACGUAAAGAGCCAAGAAACUGACGAAAUAAUCUUCUCAGCUGAAGCAUCCCUCUACAGAUACCUUGCAGCCGAGCAGUCCUGGACGGGCAGAGGGAAAGGGAAAAUGAGAGUCUCCCUGGAGCCAAAAACCAACAAAUACAGAAUCUCCCUCAUCAGAGAAAAAGUGUUCAAGCACGGCUGCAACCACUUCAUCAAAGAAAUAACAGCGCUAGAGAAGUAUCCCAUAUCAGAGCACGCCUGGCUGUGGAAUGCCUUUGGAGACGACUGCGGCGAUGGCCUCAGCCCGACACAGACAUACCUUGCUAAGUUCAACACAAAGGAAGACGCAGAGAACUUCCACACAGCAGUGAACAAGGGCAUAGCGCACUUAGCUAGCGGUAGCAAAGGCACGGUUAAAGAAACAGUUAGAGAAGAGCCAAAUAAGGAAACCGUUAAAGACAAAGAAGAAACCAAGGAAGAAGCUAAAGAAGAAGUAAAGAAAGAGUCCAAGGAGACCGUUAAAAAUGAUAAGAGCAACGAAGUAGCCAAGGAAGAGUCUGAGGAAGCAGAUAAAGAGGUAUCUGAGGAAGCAGCUAAGGAUGAGUCUAAGAAGAAAACAGCUGCAGAGCCAUCUAAGAACGAGCCCAAGAAGGUAGCUGAGGAAGCAGCUAAAGAGUAA